AUGAGAUUGAGGACCAGCUUCACGGCAGCUGUGACGAGCCGUUGCUUUACGUCACAACAAUAUUCAAGAGCAGGUCCUUCCGCCUUACAAUUUGGCAAACAAUACAAGAUUGCAACUCGCCAGACAUGGAGCAUCAGAAGUUUCCAGUCUCAAUUAGCAGCUACACAACAAGCGCCAACAGUCAGUCCAGCAACGUAUUCACCGCCGCAAAAAGGCCUGCUCUCCCGCCUUCCAAAAUCUUGGGUACCUUAUGCUGAAUUGAUACGUUUGGAUAAACCUACAGGAACAUACUAUCUAUUUUUUCCAUGUCUAUUUUCAUCUUUGAUGGCAGCACCGAUUGCCACUCCAAUGGCCUCUCCUUAUGAAUUAUUGGCGACAACAGGACUCUUCUUUUCCGGUGCACUGAUCAUGCGUGGUGCAGGCUGCGCGAUCAAUGAUCUAUGGGAUAGGAACCUAGACCCUCACGUUGAACGAACUAGGUUUCGCCCGAUUGCGCGAAAAGCGUUGACACCUCAGAAGGCUGUCAUAUUUACUGGAUUUCAGCUCCUCGGCGGCUUGGGAAUACUUCUUCAGUUUCCCAUGGAAUGCUUGUGGUACGGAAUCCCAAGUUUACUGUUCGUUUCAUCAUAUCCUUUGGCCAAAAGAGUCACCCAUUAUCCGCAAUUCGUUCUCGGUUUAACAUUUUCAUGGGGUGCUAUCAUGGGGUUUCCGGCUCUUGGUGUAGAUUUACUAAGUCAACCUGUUGCUCUCGCCACUGCUGCGGCUCUUUAUUCCAGCUGUGUGGCCUGGACCGUUUUGUAUGACAUGAUAUAUGCGCAUAUGGACAUCAAAGACGAUGUGGCCGCUGGAAUCAAGUCUAUCGCUUUGCGCCAUGAACAUAAUACCAAAGCCGUACUGUCAGGCUUGGCUGUCACUCAAGUCAGUCUUCUUGCUCUUGCGGGCUUGACGGCAGGGGCUGGGCCAAUCUUCUUCAUUGGCAGUUGUGGGAGUGCCAUUCUCACCCUUGGUACGAUGAUCUGGAGAGUACGUUUGAAAGACGUUCGCAAUUGCUGGUGGUGGUUCAAACAUGGCUGUUGGAUAACUGGAGGAGGCAUUUCAUUGGGUAUGGCUGGUGACUAUCUUGAUCGUGACUACCAUCCACCCUUCUUUUCUUUCGUCUGCUCACUCGUGAUACAGUCCUCCCGCGGCAUUGCGCGAUCAGUGUCCAAGGGAAGGGUAGUGCCAGGACCUUGGUCAUUUUUAUCUAGCCCAUCUGCCCUGCAAGCCCGUCUACUGUCAUCAGAAACAAAGGCUGCAAUCGAUAAAGCCGUUGCAUCGGCACCUGUUGUCCUUUUUAUGAAAGGAACACCAGAAACGCCGCAGUGUGGAUUUUCUCGAGCAAGCAUACAGAUUCUUGGUCUCCAAGGAGUCGACCCACAAAAGUUCACUGCCUUUAACGUCCUCGAAGACCCGGAACUCCGACAAGGAAUCAAAGAGUAUUCGGAUUGGCCGACUAUACCUCAGCUUUAUGUUGAACGAGAAUUCGUGGGUGGCUGUGACAUUCUAAUGUCUAUGCACCAGAACGGUGAACUCGCCAAACUGCUCGAAGAAAAGCAUGUUCUUGUUCCCACUGACGAGUAACAUGAUCCCUUCGCAAAAUCACUUGCAUGUUGCGCGGUCGUUGCUAUAAAUAUCAAUUGUCAUUGAAGUUACGAUAUGUAUUUGUAUGAUCCAACUAUUGUCCAUAUAAUAAUCGAGAGCCUAUUCAUUUUCCACGAAACACUUUCGAUUAAUAACAGAAGCGCGACGAUAUAUGAAAGCAAGGUCGAAGGGGGUACCGAUAUUCAAUGUUCUCUUGACCAUCAUGAGGUGCGAGUCUACAAUAUGAGUAAAGUUAUUUUAUGGGUAUGUUUGGCAACAUAGUCACGACAGCGAUCAUUAUAAGU